UGAUUUUUUUUUCUUUAUAAUAAAGAUAUAAAAGACUCUUUCCAAAGCAAUACGAACACAAAGAGUUCGAUACGAACGAAUUCAUUCUUUCGAUAACGAACUCUACUCAAGAGUCUCCGCCAUGCAGCCACCGCGGCAGAACGUCUUGAAGGGCGAUGGUGUAACCAUUUAUCAAGGCGUUACACGAUCAAUGACCAGACGUCAUCGGAACUCAUUGCCGGUACCUGAAGAACUCGCUAUGGAGAUAUUCUCGAGGCUGCCGUCGAAGGCGAUGGCGAGAUGUCGUUGCGCAUGCAAGCUCUGGUCCUCCAUGCUUCGCCGUCAAGAUUUCACAGACUUCUUCUUGACCAAAUCUUGCGCUCGUCCUCAGCUCCUUUUCGUCAGGGAUGAUUACAGCGUCAGAGAGUUUGUCUUCAUCUCGUCCCCUCAGCCUGAAAAUCCCCAAGAGAACUCGUACGUUGUCGCCGCCAAUCAUCUUGCGUGUUUCCCACGUUCCAACGGAUUCUAUGGUUGUACCAACGGCUUCUUCUGUUAUGGAGCUGACCGGUUCUUUAAGGGGCUGAAAAAGCCAGUGCGUGUUCCGGUAAUAUGUAACCCUAGCACGGGACAGUCCUUGACCUUACCGAGAUUGAUCUCGAAAAUGAGGUAUGGAGUGCAGAGCUAUCUUGGAUAUGAGCCGAUGGAGAAAGAACUCAAGUUAUUGUCGAUGAACAGCUCGCUUGUAAGUAAUGAGUGGAUCUCUGUGGAGUACCAAGUUCUGACAUUAGGAACCAAAAAAUUGUCAUGGAGGUUGGUCGAAUGUUGCAUCCCACAUUGUUCUUCAAGUGAGUGGAUAUGCAUCAGUGGUGUUCUCUACUACGCAGCUAGAGCAGCCGGAUCUUCAGUGAAUUCUAUGGUCGUUUGUUUUGAUUUGAGGUCUGAGAAGUUUAGCUCCGUCAUGUUCAGUAAAGCAAUGCCUAGUUCAACAACUAUGGUAAAAUACAAUGGCAAACUAGGUUUGCUUAUGUCUGGAGAUUCUCACGAUGACGUUACUCGAUCAAGUACAAGUUUUGAGCUGUGGGUUCUGCUUGACGCUGCAAAACAAGAAUGGUCCAAUCAUGUAUACGUAUUACCACCUUCGUGGGAGGAUGUGGUUGCAGAGACCAUGUACAUUGCUGGACUGGUUGGUACAAAUGUAAUCGUCUUCUCCCCAAGCUACCAAAGAAUGCCUUACUAUGUCAUCUACUACAAUGUGGAGAGAAGGACCAUCACAAAAGUUGGAAUCCAAGGACUGGAAGCGUUUCAGGGUAAGAGUUUCAAAACCUAUCUCAACUAUGUUGAGAAUGUGAAGCUUAUUUAAGCAUUUUACCAGUGAGAGACAAAGUGUAGUUUUCAUUUUGUGUGUUUCGUUUUUUUCUAGCAUCUUAGUUUGAAAAAGCCCCACCUGUUGUGGAUGAUAGAUAAUCUUCUUGUUUCAAACUCUUCACAAAUGUAAAUACUCAUCCAAAACAGAGAAGUUUAGCAUUGAUUAUUAUUCUAAACAGAGUAGUUUAGAAUGUGAUCUUAAGUUAUCUACUACAAUAUCGAAAAAAAAACUAUCAUAAAAGUUGGAGUCCAAGGGAUGGAAGCGUCAAGCGUGUGUGAGUGCUAAUUUGUGCACCUUCCUAGACCAUAUUGAUGACCUGAAGCUAAUGGAAGCGUUUUAAUUCGUUACUUAGUCCCUUACUCUUUUCUACUGGUUUUGUAUACUUAUCACUUUUAUGGCUUAUUCGAUGACUAUUUUAAUGGUUUCUGUGUGGUUUGUUCUAAGCUAAAAGUUAGCUUUCUAAACUCUUGUUUACCUAGCAUCUGUAACUGGGUGAUCGUCUAAUUAAGUUUUCUGACAUAGCUGGUUAAAAUUAAGUGGUUUGAUGGUUUCUAUAGUUACUAAUGUAAGUUCUCUGUAUAUAGAAAUACUCAAAAUAUCAUGUACUUGGAUUAGAAUCUUUUGACGAAGACACUAAUACAUCAGUAGCAAUUAGCUCACAAAUACAGAGGAAACAGAAGAAAGAAAACUGAAAGAGAGUGUUUAUUUCAUAUUCAACAUAUGAAUCGUACACAAAGUCAAACAUAUAUAUAAUCUUAAUUAAUC